UUGCCUGUCUUCAUGGAGAAAAUGGAGAAAUUGAAGAUUUUGAUAGUCAUGAAUAAUGGUAUCUACCCACCGAAUUAAGUAACUUUCCACUUGGUUAUGUGUACUAUUGGUCAGGCUUUUAAGAAUGGUACUAACAGGAUCUUAGAUAUUUUUCCAAAUCUUUUGGAAAUUGACAUUGACUAUUGUGAUGAUCUGGUGGAACUGACUGAUGGGUUGUGUGAUCUUGUUCAACUGAUGAAGCUUAGUAUCACCAACUGUCAUAAGCUUCGUGCAUUGCCUGAAGGCAUUGGAAAGCUGGUAAACUUGAAAGUGCUAAGACUAACAUCCUGUACUGACCUCAAGACAUUGCCCGAGACCAUUGGGAGCUUAUCCCAGCUUACUGUUAACAUUUCCGACUUUCUAAGCAUCAUCAACAUGCCAAUCCAGAUUGGUGAACUGCACAAACUAAGCAAGCUCUGUAUGAGGGGGUGCUCCAGCUGUAACCUACCUUCAACAAUCAAAAAGCUUCAACAUUUGAAGGAUGUCAUCUGUGAUGAGGAGACAGCCUAUCAAUGGUAUUCUUUCAAUUGUGAUCUCACCAAUCUAAAGCGUUGUUACAGUCUUUCUCUCUGAUACUUUAC